AUGCGCCAGAGCCCAGUCUUGGAGUGGCUGGACACCCUCGAACUCCCCUCUGGUGGCUACAGCCUCGCACCAGCCCACGAAACCAUCGAGCGAAGAGCGAAACGAGCCAAGAUCAGUCACGAGCCCUACACGUCUCGAUUGCCAACUCCGACCGAGUCAGAGACGCAAACCUUUGGCCUUGCUCGUAACGAUCGACGCGUGCGCACCAUGGAAUCGCCGGCAUCAUCAUCAUCAUCAAAGAAGCGACGUCGCCACGAGGAGAGUGACAUGGCCAGCCAGCACGAGCUUUCAGAUGGCAUCGCUGGCAACCCUCUCGACUUGACACCCCGAGCGAGCCAACUUGGUGGCCGGUUGUUUCGAGAUCAAUACCACGUUGAAGAACCUGAUGUGACGUCCAACCUGUCUCGCGCCUCGUCGUCCAUAUCGCAUCACUCGUCAGCAUCUCAGCGUUCUUCUGUAUCGGGUCAAUCUUCACCAUCCAAGCAGGCCCGGAACGCCGAGUUGCAGAAGACUGGCUUUAGACCCGUCAGUUUUUCUCUUCAACAAGAUCAGCAGCCACUUUCCCUCAAGGCCAUCUGUCGAGGGCUCACGAGCAUCAGCCAUGGAGAAAAGAUGUUCCCGGACGCUUUGCGGGGUCAGCUCGCCGACACCGACAUUCCAGACUCUUCAUUCUACAGUACCAAUGAUGCACCACGAAAAGGAUGGGACCAUCCACCUCCAGCCCUCGUCCAAGAUACCCUCGAACGAGCAGCCCAGUGUUUGGAUGAACGGGAAGGAGAAUCUUCUUGGAACCUCGAGGUUCAUGCGCCUCUUCUUGCCUGGGUCUUCCGCCGAGAAAGCCAAAAACCUCUCAUAGACUAUAGAUAUUGCACUUCAGCCCAGAUCAUACAUGCAUUCAAACCAAAGAAUGCUCCCUCGAAAAUGGUCGACUUUUGCAUCAUCGUCCGCCCCGGCGACGAUACUGACGAGCAAGACAUGAUUGAGAACCUCUGCUACAGCAGACCUGGGCAGACGAUAAACCAUACCGGCUGGGGCAACCUCUGCAAAAACCCAGUCGCCAUGUCCAUCGAGACGAAACGGCAUGGCGAGAACUGGGACACUGCCGUGUUGCAGCUGGGUACUUGGCACUCUGCGCAAUGGCGAAGCUUGAACUGGGGGAGAAGCAAGCGGGUUUCCAUCGACUUUUUGCCAGGCAUCAUUAUUCAAGGGCAUGACUGGCUCUUUGUGGCAACCAUUAUGAAAAACGACAAGGCCAUCAUGUACCACUCCAUCUCAAUUGGCGACACCAAGACAGUUCUUGGCAUCUACAAGCUUGUCAUCUCUCUGCAGUAUUUGCAGCAAUGGAUCGAGCAAACCUACUGGCCUGCAUUUCGCGCCGAGGUUUUAGGGAUGGACGAGCAGAUAUGUUCAUGUCCCCAGAGUCAUGCCCCCAAAUGUCGGCGUGACAACCUCGAUGCAAGUGCGGAUAUCACCAAGGGGAGCACUACUAGAGUGGCCCUGAGGCAUCUGCAAAAGAAAACCCGCAUAACAUCUCCACCAGGCUCAUUCGAAGCCGUCCCUGAGAAGUUGAGCCGCGAGCGAAACGAGCACCCUCCAAGCAUUAUUCCACACCGUCCUAGUAGCCACAUAUCACCACUUUGUCCUGAUUGUUAUACCCAGGUCACUAUUCUUACCAAGGAGCUCCAAACCCCGAAAACGCCGCUCCUUGCCUGUCCCUCGAGUUCUUCUUGUUCAAGACUCAAGAGUAGCCCGCCAGAGCAACAUCUCGGGCUCGUUGGGGCUACUGUCACCUGCCUGGUUCGUUCUGAGCGUGUCGCUCGGAGACCGACAACUCCUCCUCUAGUGGCUUCGAGCGCACAACGGGUGAGCGGGACAAAGGGGUUGAAAGGCCCAAAAGAAGAGGACCAUGCAUGUAGAAGCGUUGUCGUGUAUAUUGCGGUUCUUGCGGAGUCGAGAGGCCCACGACGCCCAGCACAACCAGGAUAA